UCUGAAAUUUAUAAUGAAAAAAAGAUAUAUAAACGUAGUUUUGUGAAGUGAGUGAAUCAGAAACCCAAUUCCAGAAGUGGUUGCGUCAAAUAUAAGUUUGAAACGUUACUUCAACAAAUCGCGCCGAGGGUAGGGUUCUCAUUUCACCGGAACAACCUUCCACCAACCGCCUCAAGGAAGGUAUGAUGAAAGAAAACUCCGGGGGAAAAUAUGGAUCCUCUUCUCAGAAAUCCAUGAAAGAGAAGGAGAGACACAUGGUGAAUAAGAUUCAAGGGAUUUUCACCAAUCUUCAGUCUGCAAGAAAGGAAAGCAGAGCUACUGAUAUUCUGAUCAUUGAGGAGCAGAUGCAUCAGUUGCUUCGAGAGUGGAAGGCAGAACUCGAGUCUCCGGCUACCUCCUUAAAUGAUGGUAGCCUUGGGUCGUUUCCCGGGGAAUUAGCCCAACUGUUGCAAGGAUUUGAGGAGAAAGACGAUGCCAUCAGUCCGUUGACAAAACCUGGGAUGUUUAAUACUGAUUACCAUCAAAAUAACAUUAAUGAUAGCAAUUAUGAGUUUUAUCAGGAGAAAUGUUUUGAUAAUAACCAGUCACUAGGUCAUACUUUCGAAGGCUCUGCUUCAACUCCGUUCAGCAGUCCUUUAAAUAGCUCAGGCAUGGCUCAGUUGGAUUUUCAUUCAUUCGGUUUGAAUCAAGAUAUGGAUCACAACGCUGUAGGUCACAGCUCUGAUUUAAUUGGUCGGCAUAAAUUUUGUCAGGACCACAUCCUCGGGUACAACACAGAAGUAAAAAACUCAGAAUCAGCUCAAUUUAAUCUUGAAGAAGGCUUUGAUGAGUAUGAUCAACUUUUCGGAGAUAAUUACACCAAAAAUUUUGGAGACAAUUUUAUACCUAAUAUUCUUCCAAAUAUCCGCCCUCCACCUUCUGCUUUCCUAGCCCCAAAAUGUGCACUGUGGGACUGUUUCAGGCCUGCUCAAGGGUUAGAGCAGUGCCAGGAUUACUGUAGUAGUAACCACGAGCUUUUGGCAAAAAGUGAGGAUGAGGGCAAGACUCCAAUUUUGCGACCUGGUGGCAUUGAUGUGAAAGACGGUCCUUUGUUUGCUGCUGUUCUUGCAAAGACACUGGGAAAAGAAGUGGGCAUCCCUAAGUGUGAAGGUGCUGCUUCAGCGAAAGCCCCUUGGAAUGCUUCAGAGUUGUUUGACAUUUCUCUUCUUGAGGGUGAAACUGUUAGGGAGUGGCUGUUCUUUGACAAGCCUAGAAGGGCAUUCGACUCUGGAUCUAGGAAACAGAGAAACAUCCCUGAUUAUUGUGGGCGUGGUUGGCAUGAAUCAAGGAAGCAGGUGAUGAAGGAACAUGGGGGACAAAAGAGAUCAUAUUACAUGGACCCACAGCCUGUUGAUUAUGUUGAAUGGCAUUUGUACGAGUAUGAAAUCAAUAACCAUGAAGGUUGCUUACCAGAAAAAAAUAACCAUAAUGGUUGCUUAUCAACAAAAAUUAACCAUGGUUGUGCAUUAUACAGACUAGAAUUAAAGCGUGUAGAUAAAAAGAAAAGUCCUAAAGUAAAAGUGACUAAGGAAUCACUUGCUGAUUUACAAAACAAAAUGGGAAAGCUAACUGCUGCUGCUCCGUCGCCAGAUGAUGGAAAAUCUGUCAAGGGAAAAACCGAGGCCAAGUCUCAGAAUAUUGGCCUGCCUGAAUAUUAAAUAAAUACUUCAUGGGAUGGUUUUUGCCAAAUGACUGAUCGACUUGUAUAUAUUUCAGAUUGUGGAAAUUUUCAACAUUUCUUGGACAAGGUAAUGACUGAUUAUUGUGGUGGUAGGUGUUCAUACUCUUUCAUGCUGGAUUAGUGUAUGUUUUAAUGUACUUUUAGAACAGCUAAAAGUGAUUUUGAAGACUUAAAAUUGCUUUCGGUAUGUUGGGGGUUUUCGAUUAGAAUUUGUUUUGCCUUUGAAAUUAAGAAGUCUAACAAGUCAGAAUUCGUAGCUUUUGCCUCUAAACGUGAUUCUAUACUCAAACCUACUGUUCAACUUACUUUGA